CACUCAUUCACGCACUCAUUCACUCACUCGAUCACCCACUCUUUCACUCACUCGAUCACUCACUCGAUCACCCACUCAUUCACUCACUCAUUCACUCACUCACCUGCACACUUACCACACCUCCCAUUCCCAUCUCGUUCGAUCACGACACGCCGUCCCUGACAUCGCCGCAGGUUGUCUUUGAAUGAGCAAAGCCGGAAGUGCAUCUGCCCAGGCGACUGCACACUUCAGAUGACUUGCAGGAGGUUGAAGGAAUCGCGACGGGUCAAGUCGGAGACUGCCAGACAAUCCCUUCCCUUCCGUCUUUUCUCUCGACCCCCUCUUACUCUCCUGUCCCCUCCAUACACCGUCGAGCAAGCUCGCUACGUUGAAAGCAAUCGCACGGAACUGGUCGCAAAGUUUUCCCAAGAGAAAAAGAUCGCUCCUUCGGGAAACAUUGCGGUGGUCAACCCCUUGUACGAUGGAGAUUCAACCGCCAGGUUUGCGGCUUUCCGGUUCACAGGAUGUGUGAGGGAGGAGGACAGGCAGGUGUUGGAAGAAGGCGUGUUGAAGCUGAAGGAUUCACCUCUCCGCCCCCAUCACACCGUCGCCCACGGAGACGACUUUCAUCAGUGGUGGUUCGGCGUCUGGUGUCGUUACGCGGCGCAUUCUAUCCUCAGCGGCGACACUCGUCAUCCCAAGGUCACCAAACAGAUCCAAUCCCUUCUCAAACAGUAUGACUCUAUCUUCGGCGGUUGCCUACGUCCCAGGAUCCGCCAGAUCGACCGCCCCACUGCUGUUCGCAUGGCUUACCAGCAUCGUGACCACGCUCAGUACCUCCGUCUCCUCGACAAAGUCUUUCGCAUGAAGAUGCAAAUUGACCCCCGACCCCAAACUCGUCGGCCACGGAUAUCCGCGAAGUCGGCUGCCGGGAUUGCCAAGACCAAGAGGACGAUGCAGUCGUUCUCAAAAUACGUCCUUGCGUGCUUGAAAAGUGGCAAGAAACGGCCGACCUUCACUGCCUUCGCCGAGACCCACAAACAAUUCCUCAAAUCUUUUUCCGGGACGUCGAAGGCCCUGGCGACGACACACCGUCACAAUCUGUCGUUCCGAAUGGGUGGGAUUGGGACGAUGAUGGCGGUUUCAUGGGGAGAAGGGACCGAUUGGCACUAUGACCGAAGGGAUAGCGGCAACCGCUACACUGUCAUCACCGUCCUCGGCCGUGCGGCCUUGCUCCACCUCCCCCAGCUCGGUUACACAUUGAGGAUCAAGCCGGGAGACGCCGUUGGAUUCCUUGCCGAACAACAGCUGCACAAGCUGGAGCUCGACAAAAGUGACACGUCAGAAGGACCGCAGAUUGUGUUUACAUGUUGGACGGAUAGGUUCACGUCGGAGAGCUCGUCUCAGUACAAGUCUUUCUACCGACGCUGAUGACACUGUGGUCGGAGCUAGGAUCCCAAGGGAUGUGGAGGCUGAUCGACGUAGCAUCCGUACUGCUUGAAGGAGAGUGUUGGAUAUAAGACAACCAGCACGGAGGCAAUUGGGGAUUCCCACUUUUGCAUAGCUGUUGUCACUAUGCCUUGUAUGUAUUUGCAACGGACAUGCAUUGGAUUGCAUGCUCU